GGAGGCUUUACCUCUGACCUAGGUGAAACCGCGACUGCCGUCCAUCGUGGCGUGCACUCGCCACUAGUCAUGGGGGACUCGCACAUGUUGGACCAUCUUGCACCAACCUACGUACCAGUAUGGCAGCGACCCCCAGGACCCUUCAGCGAGCAGAUCAUCCCGUUUAGUCCGCCUCCUGCUAUUGAUUUCCGCCUUUAUGCCUCGUCUAUCUAUCCUAUCCCGCUUCUCGACUAUUUAGAUGGUCUUGACAACAAGCACCGGGCUUUAUCUGCUAAAGAUUGGAAUGUAUCAAACGUAUCAAGUCCUAGCUCGUCGUCAAGGCCCUCUACAGAGCUUCCUCCUCUUCUUCCGCACACGUACGCUACAAGAUGGAUAAAAUUGAUGUCCAUGGAAUAUACGGCGCGCUUAAACGCUUUGGUCAGUUCUACGAUGUACGGAGUGUCAUUGAUACCAAUACCAAUGCCACCCAAUCACCCUGCCACCCUGUUCUCGGUCUCUGCACCGCAUCUACGCGAGAACUACCCGCCCAUAUCUCUAAACGACACUGUAUGGCUUCGACAAUUACGGCCAUGGGAACAGAGCUUCCAAGGAAUAGCGUUUGAAGCGAGAGUUCACGACCUGCGGCGCGUUGGGGGCAUGAUCAUUAUUAGAUGCGACGCACUGUCUCAACCUUACAUGUGGGAGAGCGGUGUUUUCAAUUUGCAUUGGGUGCCACAAGAACGCCAAUUUAAAGCUUGUCGAGAAGCCCUAGAAUGCAUUCAUGCUAGAAUAUGUGAAGAGAACGAUACAGGGAUCGCUCACAGGGUAUUAUUUCCUAACAAAGACCACCCGAACGGGCCACCUAUUCUUGCGACUUCCAUUCCUCACUGGAUCGAUAUUGAGUUAAACGAGGAACAGAAACUCGCUGUGCGGUCAAUAGUUACCGGGGGGCACGGUGCCCCAUAUCUUAUAUCAGGACCACCAGGAACUGGGAAAACAAAGACUAUCGUGGAAACAGUAUUUCAGAUCCUUGAGCAUCAUCCAAACGAGCAUAUUCUAGUUUGCGGGGCAUCCAACUCAGCAGCUGACACUCUAACGGAUCGACUUGGCCAGAGACUAGCCCCGGACGUUCUUUUUCGGCUAAAUGAUCCAAGCAGACCAAUGGACGAGGUGCGCGUAGCUCUACACAAAUGGUGCCAUAGCGAGAAUGGUUACUGGGCUCUUCCUCCGGUUAGGCACCUUCUCUCCAAACGCGUCAUCGUUACAUCUUGUCUGGAUGCAUCUCUGCUGUUCUCCGCACGCUGCUCUAAUGCUGCACUCGGUAUACUGGAAGAUCACACCCAGGCACAUCUUCAAGCGCCAAAUGUACCUCCAUUUCCGGAACGCCUUCAUUUUGGCUACCUGCUUGUCGACGAAGCUGCCCAAUCAUCUGAAGCAGAAAUAUGCAUACCUUUGUCGGUUGUGCUGCCGCAUAUAACCUAUUCAAGUUUGGCAUCAGCCGCCCGUCCUCAUAUUACUAUUUGUGGUGAUUGGAAGCAGCUAGGACCCCGCAUAGAGGGCGAGGUGUGCAGGAACAAUGAUAUGGACGUCAGUUUGCUCGAAAGACUCUUUGAUCUCAAUAUUUAUAAAGAUAACCCUUAUUCACGAGAGCGCUCAGCCCGCACCCCAGGUUCUCCACAGCCAACCUCCACUCCAUUCUGCAAUCUCGUCAAAAACUAUCGAUCACAUCCCGCUAUUCUUAUGCUACCAUCUACAUUAUUUUAUAACGAUACUCUCCAAGCAUUCGCACCUCAAUCUACACAAAAUACUCCGUUAUCCAAAUGGCCAUUUCUUAAAACCCCAGAUUUUCCUUUCGUAUUUAUUGGUGUGACCUCUCCGGAAAAGUGGACGGACGAACAUUUGUCAAUUUAUAACCCAGGCGAGGUGGGAAUGGUGACGCAAAUUAUUACGGGGCUUCUUGGAUUGGAUAUUCCAAACAAUGCCUUCCACCUCCCGGCUCAACACCGCCUUCAACUCUCCGCACCUGACAUAAGUGUCAUUAGCCCCUUUCGCGAACAGGUUGCGCGGAUACGUCAAGCUUUACGUUCUAUUGGACUAGGCGCUGUGGAUGUCGGCGAUGUUGAAAGUUUGCAAGGGGCUGAAAAUCGCGUGGUGAUAAUCUCCACCGUACGGUCAUCAUGGCAGUCGUUAGCUGAAGACCAUCGGCUGCAUCGUGGCAUCAUACAUGAAGCCAAGCGAUUCAAUGUGGCGUUGACCAGGGCCAAAGAGCUAAGUAUUAUUGUCGGGAAUGGAAGCAUUUUAAAGGUCGAUCCAUGGUGGAAGCAGGCAUUGUGUUUCGCCAUGCGAAACAAUGCAUAUGAGGGCCCACCCAUCGAAGGAAUCGAUUCAUUGUCUAUUGACGUAUUCUCUCGGCUUGAAGAGAAAUGGAGGAAGUCCAGGGGGCCAAAUGGACAUCUCUCUAAUGGUACCCAGGAGGACGAUGAGGGUACGGGUUUGACCGUUGGAAGUGUAGUCAGAGAAACUUUAAUCGAUAAGGAUUAAUUCUUCGUUCAGUAUAACACGCGAGGCGCAGGGAUAACGCAGCUAUUUACUUACUAUUACAUAACAUUUGGAUUUUUCAUGGUUGGAAUACGACAUAUGCGCUGGCGUAGCUGACACUCGAAUCUCGUAUGGUCU